AUGGCCAUUGAAGAAUUACCUGAAUCUAUUGGAUAUUUAAAGAAGCUCGAGACUCUAGAUGUCUCUUAUUGUGCAUCGUUAAUUUGCAUACCUAACUCGAUAGGUGAUUUAGCAUCUUUUUCUCACUUGCGGUUAGAAGGAUGUAAAAAAUUUCCUCAACUACCAGACUCCACAAGCUCCCUCGUGUCUCUAUCGCGGUUGUCAUUGUCGGGAUGCCACUCAUUGAGACAAAUUCCAGAUUGGAUCGGAAAGUUGACAUCAUUGACUGAGCUAGAUUUGAAUUCCACAAGUAUUGAAGAAUUACCUGAAUCCAUUGGAUCUUUAAAGAAGCUCGAGACUCUAGACAUUUCUUAUUGUGCAUUGUUAACUCACAUACCAAACUCCAUAGGCGAUUUAGCAUCUCUGUCUCACUUGGGGUUGAAAGACUGCAAAAAACUUGCUCAACUUCCAGACUCAACAACCUCCCUCGUGUCUCUAUCGAGGUUGUCAUUGUGGGGAUGCCACUCAUUGAGACAAAUUCCUCACUGGAUCGGAAAGUUGACAUCAUUGACUGAGUUGUAUUUGAGUUCUAUGGCCAUUGAAGAAUUACCUGAAUCUAUUGGAUAUUUAAAGAAGCUCGAGACUCUAGAAGUCUCUUCUUGUGCAUCAUUAAUUCGCAUACCCAACUCGAUAGGUAAUUUAGCAUCUUUGUCUCACUUGAGCUUAGCAGAAUGUAAAAAACUUGUUAAACUACCAGACUCCACAAGCUCCCUCGUGUCUUUAUCGCGGUUGUCAUUGUGGGGAUGCCACUCAUUAAGGCAAAUUCCAGACUGGAUCGGAAAGUUGACAUCAUUGACUCAGCUGUAUUUGAGUUCUAUGGCCAUUGAUGAUUUACCGGAAUCUAUUGGAUAUUUAAAGAAGCUCGAGACUCUAGAUGUUUCUUAUUGUGCAUCGUUAAUUUGUAUACCCAACUCGAUAGGAGAUUUAGCAUCUUUGUCUCACUUGCGGUUAGAAGGAUGCAAAAAAUUUGCUCAACUACCAGACUCCACAAGCUCCCUCGUGUCUCUAUCGCGGUUGUCAUUGUCGGGAUGCCACUCAUUGAGACAAAUUCCAGACUGGAUCGGAAACUUGACAUCAUUGACUGCGCUGGAUUUGAAAUCCACGAGUAUUGAAGAAUUACCUGAAUCUUUUGGAUAUUUAAAGAAGCUCGAGACUCUAGAUGUCUCUUAUUGUGCAUCGUUGAUUCGCAUACCCAACUCGAUAGGUAAUUUAGCAUCUUUGUCUCAUUUGAGCUUAGCAGAAUGUAAAAAACUUGCUAAACUCCCAGACUUCACAACCUCCCUCGUGUCUCUAUCGUGGUUGUCAUUGUCGGGAUGCCACUCAUUGAGGCAAAUUCCAGACUGGAUCGGAAAGUUGACAUCAUUGACUCAGCUGUAUUUGAGUUCUAUGGCCAUUGAUGAUUUACCGGAAUCUAUUGGAUAUUUAAAGAAGCUCGAGACUCUAGAUAUUUCUUAUUGUGCAUCGUUAACUCGCAUACCAAACUCCAUAGGCGAUUUAGCAUCUCUGUCUCACUUGCGGUUGAAAGACUGCAAAAAACUUGCUCAACUUCCAGAAUCCACAAGCUCCCUCGUGUCUCUAUCCGGGUUGUCAUUGUGGGGAUGCCACUCAUUGAGACAAAUACCUCACUGGAUCGGAAAGUUGACAUCAUUGACUGAGUUGUCUUUCACUUUUAUGGCCAUUGAAGAAUUACCUGAAUCCAUUGGAUAUUUAAAGAAGCUCGAGACUCUAGAAGUCUCUUAUUGCGCAUCGUUAAUUCGCAUACCCAACUCGAUAGGAUUUAUAAUCAAUUUCCAAGAAGAUGUCUGUUCUAGAGUUAGUCGAAACUUGUCUCAAUUCUUCACUGGGCGAAAACAUGGUAAUAUUUAUCUUCUGGAUAUAAGUUUAGAGAGCUCUCAAUGUCCUAUUUCAAUUCAAGAUGAAGCAUAUCUCUAG